UCCUUUCGCAUCAAGCCCCGCCCCCCGGAAGCGCGCGGGCGGUACCGCUCGCAGCGGUCAUGGCGGCGUCGGCUGCUGAGUGCCUGCGGGAGUGGGACGAGCUGCAGGACGGCUACCAGCGCAUCCAGGAUAAUCAUAAGCUGUACAAACAGAAACUCGAGGAGCUGACCAAGCUCCAGGAUGGGAUCUCCAGCUCCAUCGCACGGCAGAAAAAGCGGCUGAAGGAGCUGUCCUUGUCCCUCAAAAAAUGCAAAGCCCACGCAACUCCCGAACAGGAAUCGUCCAUCCAAGAAACCCAGAGCCUAAUAAAAGAGAGGCAGAAUGUUUUCUUUGAGAUGGAGGCCUACCUGCCAAAGAAGAAUGGGUUGUAUCUGAGUCUGGUGCUCGGGAACGUGAACGUCACGCUGCUCAGCAAGCAGGCCAAGUUUGCGUAUAAAGAUGAGUAUGAGAAGUUCAAGCUCUACCUCACCAUCAUCUUGCUCAUUGUGUCCUUCUCCUGUCGGUUCCUCCUCAACUCCAGGGUGACAGACGCUGUCUUUAACUUCCUCCUGGUGUGGUACUACUGCACCCUCACCAUCCGGGAGAGCAUCUUGAUCAACAAUGGAUCCAAAAUCAAAGGCUGGUGGGUUUUCCAUCACUACGUCUCCACCUUCCUCUCAGGUGUCAUGCUGACGUGGCCGGACGGGCUCAUGUACCAGAUGUUCAGGAACCAGUUCCUCUCCUUCUCCAUGUACCAGAGCUUUGUGCAGUUCCUGCAGUACUACUAUCAGAGCGGGUGCCUGUACCGGCUCCGAGCGCUGGGCGAGAGGCACAACAUGGAUCUGACUGUCGAGGGCUUCCAGUCCUGGAUGUGGAGAGGCCUCACGUUCCUGCUUCCCUUCCUGUUCUUUGGGCAGUUCUGGCAGCUCUACAACGCCAUCACCCUCUUCCGCAUGAUCCAGCACCCCGAGUGCAAGGAGUGGCAGGUCCUCAUGUGCGGCCUCCCCUUCUUCAUUCUCUUCCUGGGGAACUUCUUCACCACCCUCCGCGUUGUCCACCAGAAGUUUCAGAACAAGAAGACAGACACAAAGCGGAAUUGAAGGGGCGCAGUGUUGGGGCCAGGACUGUUUCUUCCCACUGGCUCCAUCCCCACCUCCUCAAUGCCAUCCGGACUCUGGCAUCUCACUUCGUUCCUUGGAAGCCUGGGCGUGGGACAGCUCAGGGUCUGCUCACAAGAGCCUGGUGCUGGAUCCGUGUCUGACUCACUCGCCUGGAGUCCGGAGGGCCCUGUAGCCCCCAUUCCGCCAGCCUCCCUGCCCCAGUGAGCCUGGUGCUCCCCAUCUCUGCCCUCACCACAUUCCCUGGAUGGUUCUGGGCUGAGCCUGGGUUCCCACCCCGCUGCACGGUGCCCUGGGCUGCCAGCCGCCUCUUGGCGUGCUCAGGGCUCCUCUCCAUAUCAUGCGGGUGGUCAGGGUGGAGGUAAAGGGGCCCUCACACCUCACCAGCACAGAGCAAUUGCAGCCCCAGCUGCUCCCUCUGCUUCCAGGGUCAACUGCAGGCGGUGCACAGGGUGCAUUGCACCGAGGGGACAGAGCUGUGGCACAGGAGGGAUGGCAGCACAACAGCCAGUACCCAGCUCCGUGCUGGAGCUGUGCGAGCAGCACUCUGGCGCCUCUGGAGCAUGGGAACGUGACAAUAAAGGGAAGGAGCUGCCUCAGGUCACCAGGGCGGUCUCAGAAUGCUCCAUGCUCUGCGGCUCUGGCUCACCUGGCUGCGGGCAGGGGAGGGAGGAAGAGCCACGUCCCAGUGCCCCCAAAGCAGCCUGGGGUGCAACGGGGCCAGAACAGUGCUGCGAGCUGCCCCACAGGCAGAGGGCAGAGCUUUUGCUGCCGCAGGGGCUCAGUGGGACCUCGGUGGGAAGAGAAUCCUAAGAAAAUGCUUGGAAACGCUAAAGUGUUGGGAACAAAAGCGCACUCCUCAGCCCGGAGCCAC